AUGACUGCUGCUCCCCACGCCGACCUACCGUACUCCAAGCUUCGGUGGGUAGAUGCUGAUGGGCGCACCCGUCUACGUUUGUUAGAGCACACGAUGAUUGGUCCGUCAUCAGCAACAACAGCAGCCUUCCCGAGAAGGCAGCCCAAGCCAGCCAACGUCGAUGACCGACGGAUUCGAAGGCGUUUUUUUGCGCUUCCGACCGUCAACGCCAUGAUCACACUCUUUCUCGUGGUCACCACGGCAUCCGCUGGAGCAGGACUAGCAGACACGGUCUCUUCCCUGGACGAAACUACGUCCAACAAAGACAGGAGAACUCGACGAACAUCAGAACCAACGGCUCACGAUGAAUUUAACACAACGAGCACCCCCGAGGAAGAAGGCAGAAGGAAGCUAUAUCGUAUCGACGCCAACAACGCGGGAGAGUCGUGCGAUAGGAACCCGUUGUGGGAAAGGAUGGUGAACCCAGCGAACUAUAAGUUCGGUUGCAAAGAAAUCGAGGAAAUGUUCAGUGGCGACAUGGCUUUCAUUGGCACCGGCAGAAUUCGGACUGUGUACAUGGUAAACUACCAGGGAGAGACAGUGGUCGUCAAGACCCUCCAGCACGUGGAGGAGCUGAGAAGGGAGAAGGCGCACCUCAGCAUGCAUAGACGAGAGGUUUUGACUCUGGAUGCGCUACGGGGGCAGCCGCACAUUGUGGGAAUGCUCGGCUUUUGUCAAACCACGGUGGUGACAGAGUACCACUCGGACAACUUUCUGAGUACCAUUUUCGGGCCACCACACGGAAGAUCUCUUAGCCGAGUGGUUUCCUUGGCGCUCGACGUAGCCCGAGGAUUGCAGGCAAGCAUUGCACGAGACCGCUGGCGCAAUCCACCUUGACAUGAAACCGCAGCAGCUGCUAAUUGACGGCACUGGACGUGGAAAGGUCAACGACUUCAACAGUGCCCAUCUCAUGAGCGUAGACCGUGUUACUGGCGAAUAUUGCUCAGUAAACGCAGUCAAGCCAGUUCGGAUAGUGCCGUGGAGGGCCCCUGAAAACGUUGCGGGAAAGCCCCUGUCAGAAAAGGUCGACAUCUACGCCAUGGGAAUGAUUUUCUUCUCAUUGAUUGCUGGUGGAGUGCCCUUUCCCGACCAGGAAGCUUUCGAGAGGGCGUAUGAAGCUAAAUUAAGGCCAGAGGUAGAUCCAUCGUGGCACAAGGGCUUCACAAGGCUUUUCCAAGACAUGUGGCACGAGGACCCCGAGCGAAGACCUUCUGCCCGACAAGUCGUCCUGCGCUUGGAGGACCUACGAAGAGAGCUUCAAGUAGCAAGUUAUCCUUAAGUACUUUUGUCAAUAUUUCGGCUGCUCGGGGAUGUACCGCGCUCCGCGCGGUUAUGAGUUCUCAAGGACGGGCAAGGCGUACGUAUAUAUGCGAUAUUCUAAAUCAGAUAGGUUAUUUCUCGCAAAAGUUCAUCAUCGGAUGUGCCAGAAACUACAGCGGGCAUCGCUCCGUCGAGAGAAAACACGGCUUUGGCUUGAUGCUCUGGGUGCCCACAUGCCUUCCGACCAGGAUAUCCUCCUUCGAAGAGGCACUGUUAUUUCAAGAGAUUCACUGCCUGUUGUUGUAUGUCUUGUCUUUUCGGGAACGAAUCCCCCUCGAAGGACUGAUGCGCUGAGGACGUGCGGGUGCCUGCCCGGCAACUUACAUACUGGUUGAGCAAGGAUUAACGUCGGGGCCGAGUAUGUGUCACUGUACACUUGCUAAGCUUGAUGUUUCGACUUCUCUUGUUGCCAUACGACGAAGCCAUGCCGUAUGUAAAACUACUGAAACACAAUAUAUGGCUAUUGGGCGCAUGCGCAACUAGUUCCCCAAUUCAAGUAUUUGUUGGUAACUCUGUCACAAUACCCACCGAUGGACAGAUGUCGGGUGGUUCUUGCCUGGUGCUCAAACACGACAUUGUUCGGCAUUUGGAAUUCACCGUGACAGAUUUGGCCCUGUACUACUGGCCGAGCGGUGUUCGUUGCUUCUUUCCCCUAAGCUGCUUUCUGGAGCUCAGGCGUGUGUGUUUCCUGCAGUGAUCGCACGUUGAUGUAGUCCGUUGUAAAGGAGAUGCGCCCAUACGCGUAGAUGAAAACAAACAUUUCAAGAGUUGCUGCCGAGAACCGUUUCCACGCGAUAGUCUCUCGUGGGUCUCUUGGGGACUUCGGCUAAUGAUGCAGAAGGGGGUCCAAGGACAGCUUGAUUUGUCGAAAGGUGCAAUGAUUGGUCUGUAUGUACCUCGACAUGCAGCUAAAGGAAUAUCUGGGUUGCUCCCUCGGUCGCCACCGGACUAUGCGUAGUAAUCCGUAACACCAGCCUAUGAUCAUGUUCUUGAUGGCGUGUGGGCAUGCUGCCAAUGCGCGAGGCUUGGGUUUGGAGCGGUUUGGACCAUGUUCGAGGGCCCCCCGCGUGCAUUUUUUUGGAAGUUUCGACUAGCUUCCUGUGUCUCGGCAUGGAUGUUAUCCGUUGAUUCAGAUAUGCAGAUCGUUGACGCAAUUUCUCCGUGAUCAAACCUGCGUUAAACGGAAGCGGGAUGGUGUGCACGUGAUAAUAGUAGCGAGAAUGGUUGGACAUGAAUAGCGAAUCGAACUGCUUAGAAAAUGACUGAAGAAAGUAGCGUCGCUUGGGAAUCGUACUAUCUGCCUAAGCCUUAACUAGCGUGCACAAGCGAUAUCGGGUCGAGGGAAGCGGUGGAAAGGAGUAGCAGCGUAUCGCAGAUUUCCUGCAGUACUUGAAGCAGAAACAGCAACCGAUUGUACUUUGUUAUUUGCUAUUUGCUUGCGGUGAGCCUCCUGCCUUAGUGUCCCGUCUUAGCGUUAGCGCUGUUGUGAGCAUCCGCCCAUUGCACCUCCGUACUCGAUAUCGAUGCCGCUCGAGGGUAAACAAUUUGUGCAACGUGACGUUGCAAGAAAAUCGCACAUGUCGAACGUAGAGGAGUUCGAAAAUCCGUAGAAAAUACACGCCAUAACGUCACAACUCGUAUUCUCCGAAAUAAUCCUGCGACACUGCACUUCUUCUCUCUACGGGCUUUUUUGGUA